ACAAAAAAUAACACAAUUAAAGUUUUCUUCAAUAUGCCUCGACCAAGAUGGAGUCCAACACCACAACAAUUGAUGAUUCUACAAGAUUUGUAUAGAAAAGGGUUGAGAAAUCCAACAUCAACUCAAGUACAAACGAUCACAACUCAUCUUUCUCUUUAUGGAAAGAUUCAGUGCAAGAAUGUUUUUUACUGGUUUCAAAACCACAAAGCUAGGGACAGGCAAAAACUCAGAAAAGAGAUGCUCCAUCAAAAGCAGAAAAAUCCUAGUGAUCAUCAUGAUGAUGCUCCUCAACUUCAAUUUAUUACUGCACCCAACAAUAGCAUUAUUAAUCUUGACUACAAUUUUCCUCCUAAUUUUCCUCCACUUUACCCUCACUCUCCUCCCAUAUUGGUUCAUCAGGCUGAAAGAAAAGAUACAUCAUCAGCUCAAAUGAUGAACAACAUGGGGAAUGUGGAUUUUCCAAAGCAAUGUGUCACAGAGAAUGGCAUGAUAAGAACAAAUGUUCAAGGUUGGAUGUUGAUGAUGACAGACAUGGGCCCUAAUUCUAUCCCCUAUUGCAGCAACAGGCCUCUUGAAACUCUUGAACUUUUCCCUAUCAAAGCCACUGGCAUUAAGGAGUAGGACCCUAAGAACACCACUUCUCAAUAUUGUUUCUUGUUGAAAUUAAUGUGUAGUCCUAAUAAGAUCUUAGCUGAUGAACUGUGUGUUGGCUAAUGCUAUUUAAUUGCUAUGUUGUUCGGACUUUCUAAAAAUAUUACUCCCACCGUUUUAAAAAGAAUGAUCUACUUUUCUAUUUAAUCCGUUUU